AUGGCGUUGCCGUCCGGCCGGGCGGCAUUCAAGAAGAAGGAUGGCUUCUUGACCUUGAGGCAGGACCGGCAGUUUGUAAUCUGGACUCCAGCACCUGGCGAUGGCCCCCCUACGGUUUCGCUGUCUAUCAGCAAUAUCACGAGUAAGCCGCCAAAGAUUCAUCAACUUCCCGAAAGCAACGAGCUGACACUAGCGACAGAUUUGCAACAAACACCAGACAGCGCGGCCAAGGUGAUGCUAAAGAUCUUUGAGAAGCCUCCCGAAGCCGCGGAGCAGACGCCCUAUCUCUUCCACUUCACGUCGACCGAGGCCAGAUCCGAGGCUAAUGCCAUCAAGGAUCUGCUCUCAAGGCUGCUGGCUGACAUCCGCUCCGGCGAUCCCAACGUUCCCAAGCCAUCGGGUAGCGGAACCCCGAACUCAACGGCAAACGGAUCUAAUGGAGCCACCGGCGGCGGCUCGGGCUCGGGCUCAAUGGCGUUCGCCAGCUCCGUCAACUCGAAGCCGAGCAGUGCGCGCUGGUUCGACGACGCGCAGCUCAAGGGUGACAUCGAGCUGCAGCAGUCCCUCAUGAAGAAAGACCGGACGCUUCACCAGACGUACAUGGACGCGCGUGCGACGAAGCCCGAGUCGAUAUCGGAUGCCGCCUUCAACGCACAGUUCUGGUCGACACGCACGAAUCUCUUGCGUGCCCACGCCAUCGAGGUGAACCAGCAAAAGGGCGCGUACAAUGUCCUGCCGUCGAUAAAGCCGCGGUUAGAGAACGACGUGCUCAAGCUCGACAUUACCGUCGAGAUGGUCCAGCUCAUCAUGGCGCAGCACCCGCUCGUUAAGAGGCUGUACGACGAGAACGUACCCAAGGUCCCCGAGAGCGAGUUCUGGUCCCGCUUCUUCCUGAGCAAGCUGUUCCGCACCCUCAAGGGUGACAGGAUCACUGACGAGAGGAAGGAGGGCAUCAAGCGGGACGCCCUGUUCGACGCCCACGACGCCAGCGAGAACACCGCUAUGUUUCAGCGGAGGAGUAUGGCGCAGAGUGUGCCGCAUAUCAUCGAUGUCUACGGCAACGAGGAGAACCAGGGCGGCUUCAAGAGCGGGAACCAAAAGGACAUUGAGAUGCGGCCGCGCAAGAACGUGCCCAUCGUCAAUACCCUCAACAGUCUCAGCGAAAGGAUGUUGUCCAACGUGGCACCCUCUGACCGUGAAGCUGGCCCCGAGGCUGAAGACUCGACGUGGCAGGAGCUCGCUCUCCGAGACCUGCGAGGCGAUGCUAAGGAGAACAAGAUCAUCCUUAACAUCAAGGAGCAGAACCGCUUCUUUGCCAAGAAAGACGAGGCCAAGUCAGCCAACUCCCUCGCCUUUGCGAAGCAGAACCCGUCGGACGUCCUCUUUGACAUUCAGACCGACCUUGAGACCAUCGAGACCGACGGCGCAGGCGGCCUAAACCUCCGCGCGGGCAUCGGCAUCCUCGACGACAGUGACAGCGAUGAGGAGGCACAGCGGCCGGUUCAUGUCGGUUCCCGAGCCGCGCGCAAGGCUGCGGGCGACGACAUCAUGGCAGGCAUCCGCCAGCGGCGCGCCGAGAAGUACGGCGACACAACAACGGACGAGUCCCGCCCCAUGGGUCUCCCCGCCGAGGUAGCCGAGCGGUGCUCACUGACGCACGCGACCACGGUCGAGUUCCUGCACCAGUUCUGGAACGCGUUCCUCUCGGGAGACCCGGACCGCGCCAAUGAGUUGCAGUACCUUGUCGAGUCGCUGGGCCGUUCGGCCGAGCGCAUCAACGCCGUCGCUGAGGAGGCCGAGAGGGCCCGAGACGAUAUCAUCCGCGCCAAGAAGAAGGAGAUUAUGGAUUACUACAAGGCGACGGGUAAGAAGAUCAGGGGAUGGCGGCCGGAGCACGAGAAGGGCGGGCGCAAGGCCGUGCUGGCCAUCAUGCAACCCACGCUCGAGGCGCUCAAAAAGGCCCAGGCGGAUUACCAGCGGGCUCUCGCUGCCGAGGGGGUGCAGCUUUCCACCGAGGCUUAA